AUGUCCUCGUUGCUCGUCCCUCUGCUGGCUGCUUCUCGUGCCCUCCGUCUAUCUGUCUUGGUGGUGGCUAAAAUAAUCUUAUUCAGCGGUGUUGGUUGCUUUUUCCUUUUCACCAUUUUUCCCUCUGCGUCUUCCUUCAGCAGUCAUCAUUCUGGACCAUCUCUCUCCCUCUCUCUGCCUCUUCUCCCACUCUCGAAAAGAAACGAGAGAAAAAGAAAGAGAGCGAAGAAACUGUCCCAUCCCAAGGGCGGCCCCAAGUGGAGAACAAGGCGUGAAAAUGGAUCUAUAACAAAUACACAGUUAUUAAAUCUUACUUCCUCUCCCUUCAGCAUGUUUGCAAGGAGAAACCCUAUUGAGCAGCCAAUCGAGGAGAUCAGAGCUUGGGGGAAGGGAAAAAGCCACUCGAGACAGGAGGCAGACACAGGGGAGAAAUAA